AUGGGAGCAGCAGGCUCAAGCAAACCAACCGUGCUUCACAUUGGUGACGCAAUCAAGUAUAACCAUGAUUUCUACGAGCACGAGUUUGCUUCACGAUUUAAUGUCGUUCAAGCAACAGAAACCGACCGAGAGUCGUUCAUCGAAGCAUUGAAAUCGAAAAAAUACGGCACCUUCUCAGCUAUAUUCCGGCCGCAUUUUCAAACUGGCGGUUUCAUGGGCCAAUGGGACUCUGAACUCAUCCCUCUACUCCCCCCUUCAGUAAGAAUAUUCGCCUCUGCCGGCGCCGGCUUCAACUGGGCAAAUGUCGACCUUCUCGGUGCUCAAAAGAUCUGGUACGCCAACGGAGCUGGCGCGUCAGACGAAGCCGUAUCCGACACCGCAUUGUACAUGGUACUCAGCGUCUUCCGAAAUUUUACGCGCUCGCAAAUAGCAGCUCGGACUGCAGAUGUUGAAACAUUCAAUGCCACACAUAAAGUGAUUGCUACUAUAUCACGAAACCCACGAAAUCAUGUGUUAGGUAUUGUCGGGUUUGGCAAUAUUAGCAAGAAGUUGGCAUAUAAAGCAAAAACGGCGUUAGGCAUGAAGAUUCACUACUUCGAUAUUGUUCGCGCACCGGCAGCUGAAGAGGAAGCCUUGGAAACUACUUAUCACUCAUCGUUGGAUGAGUUGCUCAAAGUCGCCGACUGCAUCUCACUACACACGCCGCUAAACAAGCAUACCCAAGACUUGAUUGGAAGCAAGCAACUAUCUCUCAUGAAGCCGGGAAGCAGAAUUGUCAACACGGCCCGUGGCCAAGUACUUAACGAAGAUGCUCUUAUAACAGCAUUAAAUAACGGCCAUCUGUCGGCUGCAGCACUGGAUGUGCACUAUCACGAACCCCAAGUUUCGCCCGUGCUGGCAAAAAUGGAGAAUGUGACUUUGACGACGCAUAUUGGCGGUGGUGCGUUGGAGACGAGAAUCAACUUUGAGUUGAAUGCGAUGAAGAAUAUUAUAGCUGUCGUUGGUGAGGAUGGAAAUUUCAAGGGGGAGCCUUUGACCCCUGUUAACAGAAAAGCGUUUGAAGCAGCUUCUGCCUAA